AUGCCGGCCAAGACGGUAGCAAGCAAGCAGGACUGGUUCAAAGCGCAGAGCUCCGGAGACAGCGCCCAUCCCCGGCCCGGCCCCAACCGCGCCGCCCGACGCCACCGCCCGCCUCUCCGACUCCUCCCGCACAGCGCCCGCCCCCUCGAUACGAGCUGGAUCAGGGGCUCGACCCCGCGGCACCCCAAGCCCCGACGCCGCACCGUCGCCGCUCACCACCACCUCGUCGGCGUCGCCUCCCCGCCUCGCCCCGACGUCGCCCCGCACCUCGCCCUGCGCCCUGCCGACGCCCUGGCUCCGUGCUCGAGUCCCGCGCCGCCCGGCGACCCUGCUGCGGUGGUCGAGCCACCCGCCGGCGACGACCUCCCUCCCUCGCGCCCGUGCCACGACCUCCUCCUCACCGGACCCCACCACCGCCCGUCGCCUCGUCCUCCUCGUGUCCUCCUCGCCGACGACGCAUCCUCGUCCUCCUCCCCAAAGGCUCCACUGAGCCUCGCCGCCCCUGCUCACCAACGCAGAAAAGGACGACUUCACCAUGAUGACCUAAAGCAGAGAAAUGAAGACGUCAAUGCGCCCAUCCCCGGCCCGGCCCCAACCGCGCCGCCCGACGCCACCGCCCGCCUCUCCGACUCCUCCCGCACAGCGCCCGCCCCCUCGAUACGAGCUGGAUCGGGGGCUCGACCCCGCGGCACCCCAAGCCCCGACGCCGCACCGUCGCCGCUCACCACCACCUCGUCGGCGUCGCCUCCCCGCCUCGCCCCGACGUCGCCCCGCGCCUCGCCCUGCGCCCUGCUGACGCCCUGGCUCCGUGCUCGAGUCCCGCGCCGCCCGGCGACCCUGCUGCGGUGGAUGAGCCACCCGCCGGCGACGACCUCCCUCCCUCGCGCCCGUGCCACGGCCUCCUCCUCACCGGACCCCCACCACCACCCGUCGCCUCGUCCUCCUCAUCUCCUCCUCGCCGACGACGCAUCCUCGUCCUCCUCCCCAAAGGCUCCACCGAGCCUCGCCGCCCCCUGCUCACCAACGCAGGUGAGGACCCCGGUCCUCCUUCUCCUCCCCGUGCCCUCACGCCGGCGCUCGCCCACGCCACCGCACCAUCCGCUUGCUGCCGGGAGCCGCCGAACCGCGCGUCGCGCUCGCCGACGCUUCCCGCACUCGCCGCCCUCGCUCCGCGGCCUCGCCCCCUUGCUCCCGCUCCACUGCAGCCGCUGCCAGCUGCUGCUCCGGCCGGCGAGCCUCGCCGUGGCAGGCCAGGCCAGUGCCCAGUCGGGCUAG